AUGUCGUUGUGUUGGAAUGAAGUGGGUGAAACAAAAUUAACUGGGCCGGAAAUUGUUCAAGUCACUUCUGAGAAGAUUGAGCAAUUCAGAGAAAAGAUUAGAAUAACUCAAGACCGUCAGAAGAGCUAUGCUAACAGACAUCGUAAGCCAGUUGAGUUCCUUGUGGGGGAUUAUGUGAUGCUGAAGGUCUCGCCAUGGAAAGGGGUAGUCAAAUUCGGUAAGAGAAGUAAGCUCAGUCCAAGGUAUAUCGAGCCAUUCAGAAUCUGUAAGCGAAUCGGAAUGGUUGCAUAUCAGCUGGAAUUACCAGAGGAGCUUAGUUUGAUUUAUAACACUUUCCAUGUGUCUAAUCUGCGGAAGUGUUUGGCAGAUCCAAGUCUGGCAGUCCCUCUACCAGAAGUCAGGCUAGACAGUAAAUUGAAUUUUGUAAAAACCCCAGAAGCAGUAACUGAUCGAAAAAUCAAGGUUCUGUGGAAUAAAGAGAUCAGUCUGGUAAAAGUUCAAUAG